UCACUCAAUCACUUCGGCCAGCACCAAGGAAAAGGGGAGAAAGAGCUCUGAAAACUCAUCCUCCAUAUCCAAGAACCGAGCUCAAGAAGGAGUAGCCCAAAAGAAGGUGUUUUGAGAAGGAAAAAGCUAGGGGAAAGUGAGAAAAGUGAGAGUUUUGCCGGAGUUGGUCAAAGUUCACCGGAGUUGGUCAAAGUUCCACCGGGAAGCGGAGAACGCGCUUAAGCUCACUCGAGGUGAGGAUGACCGACUAUAUUGCUUAUAAUUAUUGGGUUAAUUUCAUAAGAUUACCUAAAUGAAUUAUAUGUGUUUGGCAUGAUGUAUUUAUAAUAAUAAAAUGCCUAAAUGAGAUUUUUAUUGUUUAUAAGCAAAAAUGCAUAAUAUACAAAUUUAUGAAUAAAUUAUGUAUGAUUAUGUGUUAUGAAUACAAUGGUAUAAUAGUUGUGUAAACUAUAAACUAAAUUGUGAUAAAUAUACUUUUACCUCAUGUAAGGAAGUCAUGGAAGGAUAAAAGUGAUAUUUUGAUAUUAGAGCCAAGUUAUACUUGAAUGUGGAAUUUAAUUGAGAUAUUCAAAUUAUUAUGAACUUAAGUUACAUUUGGAGUAGGCCUUAAGGGUUACUCAAAAUGGAUGGAACCUAGACUAAGAAGUGGUUUAGGGAUUAGUUGACGUGACUAUGACCCGAGCUCUAGCACGUGGUAGCAUGACUAUGAGCCGAGCUCUAGCAAACGUAGGGUGACUAUGAGCCGAGCUCUAGCACAAAUUAGUAUGACUAUGAGCCGAGCUCUAGCAAAUGUAGGGUGACUAUGAGCCGAGCUCUAGCACAAUUUAGUAUGACUAUGAGCCGAGCUCUAGCAAAUGUAGUGUGACUAUGAGCCGAGCUCUAGCACAAUUUAGCAUGACUAUGAGCCGAGCUCUAGCAUGAAGGAACAUGAGUUAAGUACAAAUGAAUAACAUCUUGGAUUGAGGGUCUUGGAAAUUGAAACUUUGAUUAUACUUAGUAUAGUUGUCAUUGUACUUGUUAAAUGCUUCCAAGUACUGACCUCCCUGUUAAUAUAUUAUUGGCCCAAAUAGCCUUUGUAUAUUAAUAAUAGUUGACAACCUAUUCAGCAACCCACUACUCUUACUCCAGUUACCGAACUUGUUUUGUACCAAGUCUAUUUCUCCCGUUUGAAUUUGAACUCAAAUAAGUGAGAUCAAAUAAGUGAGGUGUGUGAUUGUGUUGUCCCUUGCACCGUCCAAUCACUUGAGCUAAUAAGCCAAAUCUUCUUUAUUAUGAGACUUCCCUGCAUCCUACUUCAUGUGCUAUUGUUCUCUACCGACAGUUGCUCCUUCCUUGCUCUAGCUGUAUAUAUCCACCACCUCUUGAAGCUUUUUGAGAUAGACUGUGAGAACUCCUUCUUUGUGAAGCUGAGUGAGAGGAGUGUUGAGAAGGUAGAAUAGGUUGUUGCUCCCUUAGCCUUGGUGUGCACAAGGAGACUACCGGAAACCGAUCUCCGGCGACCUGAGCCGAAUCCGGCAAGACAGAAACGGAUCCACAACAGUGGUAUCAGAGCCAAGGGCUGUCUCCGCCGUCGAUUUCGCUGAAUUCCUACGUACGCCGCCGUCCGCCGUCCGCUCGCCGCCGUCCGCCGCUCGCCGCCGUCCGCCACCGUCCGCCGCCGGUUGAAGCUAUUGGAAGAACCGCCGCAUCUGGACCGUUGUUUUCCGUUGCCUUUCUCAGACGAUUUAGAGUCUUGGAAGACCCCGUCGCCGGAAGUCAGUCGCCCGGCGCUGAUAGAUUCCCACAGACAGAGGAGUUCUUCCGUCGCUCUUCGUUCACCACUGCAUCUGCUGCUGGGACCUGCUCGGUGGUUGCUGCUUAUCGUUAGCCACCACCUAGGAGCUGUUGAUUUCCGUUCGUUGUUGGUCCUUAGGAGCCGUCGCCUGGAAGUUCGCCGCCGCAGGGAUCUGCUCGACGGAAGUUGAAACCGGAAUCCACCAUCGCCGCCUUGCCGGAAGCUGUUCACCGAAGGUCACUCAUCGCUGUCUGGUGUUGUUCGUCGCUGCUCUUUCUUCUCUCGCGCAGAAGUUGAAGACGAAGGAUGCUGGUUGUUUCCGUAUCUGGAGGGACGAAAGCUUGGGCCCCUGUUUUACUGUAGCUUGGCCAUAAAUCUUGAGCAGAGGUUUCUUGCGUAGAAGGAACGCAGUUAACAAACCCUUGAGCUGGAUUUCAUUUGGAGCUGGACGUAGGCAGGCCUUUGGACUGGACUUGAAGGUGUACUUGGGCUGGACAACUCUCUUCAAAAGUUGCUGGACGAACUUGGACUUUGGAGUAUGGCGGAUGCCUAGGAUUUGGUCAAAAUUCAGUCAACUGUCCAUCAACCAUUCCAAAAUCCCUUUGUGGGUGGGUAAGGACCAAACACUCUCCUAGUGUUUGGCUACUGUAAGUUUUCUUUAAAUGAAAUUUCAUUUACUGUUUUUCAUUUAAUUUAAACUGUUAAAAUUUAUUGUUGAUUUAAUACUUGCUAGAAUUAUAUUUAUUUGUGCUAUUGUUUAGCCCUAUAAAUAUAGAACUGUUUUUCUAGCUAUAGUUGCAUAUUUUUAUUUUUACUUUUGUGUGUUAAUUUUCUGUGUGAAAAUGUCUUCAUUUAAUCAGUACGGAAUGGCUCCAUUUAAUGGAAAAACUGAUUUUAGCAUAUGGAAACAGAAAAUAAAAUGCAUAUUAGUUCAACAAAAAUCAUAUAGGGCAAUUAGUCAAACCUAUUUGACUUCCGAUACGGAAGAGAAAAAGGCAGAAAUGAAUGAAAGUGCGUGUUCUAUAAUUUACUUGAACUUAUCUGAUUGUGUGCUCAGAAAAGUAGGAAUUUUAGAAUCUGCCAAAUCUUUGUGGGAUAAACUUGAAGAGCUUUAUACUGAAACCUCUCUACCGAGUAGAAUGUUCUUACUUGAAAAAUUUUUCAAAUUUAGACUUGACAUGUCUAAAGAUAUUGAAGAAAAUCUUGAUGUUUUCACAAAACUUAUUUCCGAUAUUAAGUUGUCCGGUGACAAACACAUAGAUGAUUAUACUCCCAUUGCUUUAUUGAAUGCCAUACCUGAUUCUUAUAGUGAUGUUAAAUCUGCCAUUAAAUAUGGUAGAGAUAAUAUAACGCUAGAUAUUGUUGUUAAUGGUCUCAAAAGCAAAGAGUUAGAUUUAAAGCAAUCUAGGGGAAGUAAGAAUUCGGGUGAGGUGAUGCAUGUUAGGGGUAGACCUCAGAAUAGGUCUCAUAACCAAAAAUAUGCUAGUAAUGGAGAAUCAAGCUUUAGGAAGAAUUCUGCGAAUAGGAAGGGUAGAUCUAAGUCUAGAUCUAAGGCCAGAAAAUGCUAUAAUUGCCAUGAAUUUGGUCACUUCAUUAAGGACUGUCCUAAGCCUAAGAAAAAUCAGCAUAAUGAACAUGCUAAUGUGGCUUUUGGUGAAGAAAAAUUGGGUGAUAUUUUUAUGGUUAAUAAUCUUUGUGAUCAUGCAUGUGUUAAUUCUGUGCUUUCUAAUUCCCUAUGUGAAUCUGAUUGGUUAGUUGAUUCCGGUUGUACUUUUCAUAUGACUCCCUUUGAAAAUCUUUUUUCAAAUUAUAAGAAAAUUGAAAAUGGCUAUGUGUCUAUGGCUAAUGAAAAGAAAUGCAACGUUUUAGGAACUGGUGAUGUAUGCCUUAGAUUUUCUUCUGGCUCUGUGUUCACUUUGAAAGAUGUUAGGCAUGUUCCUGAUUUACGUUAUAAUUUGCUUUCAUGUGCAUCCCUUGAAAAUGAAGGUUUUGAGGGAAAAUGGGGGAAAGGGGUUAUGAAAAUCAUGAAAGGAUCUCUUGUUAUUUUUACUGCUGAAAAGAAAAAUAACUUGUAUGUGUGUCAAGCUGAACCUGUACCUGAUUAUGUGUACUCUGUGAUAGGUGAUAAAUCUAUUUUAUGGCAUAAUAGAUUAGGUCACAUGAGUAAUAAGGGAUUAGAUAUUUUGCAUAAAAAUGGUCACUUUGGUAGUGAUAAAUUAUCUCCUAUUGAAUUUUGUGAAUCAUGCGUGUUAGGAAAACAACAUAGGGUUAGCUUCCCUAUUUCUACUUUUCCUAAUCAAUCUAAGUGUGUUGACAUACUUGAGUAUUUGCAUGCUGAUGUGUGGGGUCCCUCUAGUGUUCCUACGCAAGGAGGGAAUCAAUAUUUUCUUUCCAUUAUUGAUGAUUAUUCUAGGAAAGUUUGGGUUUUGCUCAUGAAACAAAAAUCUGAAGUUUUUGAAAAAUUUAAAAACUGGAAAAUCAUGAUAGAAAACCAAACAGGAAAGAAAAUUAAAGCCCUUAGGACAGACAAUGGACUUGAGUUUUGUAAUAAACAAAUGAAUGAUUUGUGUGCUACUUGGGGUAUAAAAAGACAUAAAUCUGUUCCUUACACACCCCAACAGAAUGGGGUUGCUGAAAGGAUGAAUAGAUCUCUCUUAGAGAGGGUGCGGGCCAUGUUGGCCACAUCUGGGCUCUCUAAGAAAUUUUGGGGGGAAACGCUUAAUACCGCUGCUUAUUUAAUUAAUAGGUCCCCGUCUGUCCCCUUAGGAGGGAAGUGCCCAGAAUCUGUUUUCACGGGCAAGAAGCUUGAUUUGACGAACUUAAGAGUGUUUGGAUGUGCGGGUUAUGUGCAUCAAAAGAUUGAUAAACUGGAACCUAGAUCUAAGAAGUGUGUUUUCUUAGGGUACCCAGAAGGGGUAAAGGGUUAUAGGCUUUGGGAUAGGAGUGAACCAGGGUUUAAAGUAGUUAUAAGUAGAGAUGUCAUUUUUAAUGAAAAUGAAUUUCCUUGUUUGACUUUACCUGUGCAUGUUCCUCAUAAUGAUGCUCCUAAUGAGGUGGAGCAAGUGCCUGUUAAAUUUCAAUCUGAAUUUUCUGCUAAAAAUGAUUUGCAUGAAAAUGUUCUUGAAAAUCAAGGUGAGAGUACUUCGAAUGAGGUGGAGCAUGAUAUUCAUGAUGAGAAUGAUUUUUCUGAAAAUGAUGAUUUGCAUGACUAUCAACUUGCUAGGGAUAGAGAUAGAAGGGUUAUUAGGAAACCAGAAAGAUAUAGGGAUUGCAAUUUGAUUAAUUGUGAUAUAUCUGAGUUUGCCUUUAACAUAUUUGAAUCCCUUGAAUGCAAUGAACCUAGGACUUUUAAAGAGGCUUUAAAGUCUAAAUAUUCCAAAGAGUGGAUUAGUGCUAUGAAUAGUGAAAUGGAAUCCCUUAAAAUUAACCAAACUUGGAAACUUGUUUCUAGACCCGCUAAUUGUUCCUUAGUGGAUUGUAAGUGGCUAUUUAAGGUUAAGCAAGAAUCUGAAAAUGUGAGGUUUAAAGCUAGAUUAGUAGCUAAGGGAUUUACUCAAAAGGAGGGAAUUGAUUAUGCUGAAAUUUUUGCUCCUGUUGUCAAGUUCACCACCAUUAGAAUUAUACUUGCUUUAGUUGCUCAUUUUAAUUGGGAAUUAAAACAGAUGGAUGUAACUACUGCUUUUUUGCAUGGUGAUCUUGAUAAGAAUAUUUAUAUGCACCAACCUGAGGGUUUUGUUGACCCUAAAUUGCCUGACCACGUGUGUUUGUUGAAAAAAGCUUUGUAUGGUUUAAAACAAUCACCUAGGCAAUGGAAUAUUAAAUUUGACAAGUGCAUGCAAUCUUUAAAAUUUUCUAAGAGCUCCGCCGAUCAUUGUUUGUAUUAUAAAAAUAUUGACUCCGCGCCUAUAUUUUUAUUACUCUAUGUGGACGACAUGUUAAUUGUUAGUCCUUGUUUGAAGUCUAUUGAGCAUGUCCAAAAAUCUCUUUGUGAAAACUUUGACAUGAAAGACUUAGGUGAUGCUAGGAAAAUUUUAGGCAUAAGCAUUAUCAGGGAUAGAAAGAAAUCUACUCUAGUGUUAAAUCAAAGAUCAUACAUUCAUAAGGUUUUGAGUAAAUUUUCUAUGUCUGAUGCUAAAUCUGUGAAUGUGCCUCUUGCUUCUCAUUUUGUGUUAAGUAAGGAUCAGUCCCCCAAGACUGAAACUGAAAUGAAUGAAAUGAAAAAUGUGCCUUAUUCGAAUGCUAUAGGAUCUGUCAUGUAUCUCAUGGUUAGUACUAGGCCCGACAUUGCAUAUGCGGUUAGUUGUUUGAGUAGAUACAUGUCUAAUCCUGGAAUGCCUCAUUGGAAUGCUUUGAAAUGGCUUUUAAGGUAUUUGAAAUAUUCUAUGGAUGUUGGUUUGACUUUUUCUAAGUGCUCUGAAGGUGUUAAAUUAAUUGGCUAUGUUGAUUCCAAUUAUGCUAAUGAUAGAGAUAAUAGAAAGUCUACAACUUCUUAUGUGUUUACUUUGUGUGGCUCUUGUGUAAGUUGGAAAUCCCAACUUCAACCUAUUGUUGCUCUAUCUACUACUGAGUCUGAGUAUGUAGCUGCCACAGAAGCUUUCAAAGAAGCUAUUUGGCUUAGAGGUCUUUUGCAUGAAAUUAAUUUUCUUGGCAAAAAUGUGAUCAUAUUUUCUGACAGUCAAUCUGCUAUUCAACUGUGUAAAAAUCCUGUUUUCCAUGAUAGGACUAAGCAUAUUGAUGUUAGAUUUCAUUAUAUUCGAGAUAUUGUUGAAAAGGGAAUUAUAAAAUUAGAGAAAAUUCCUUCAGAAUUUAAUCCUGCUGACAUGGGUACUAAAUGUUUACCUGUUGAAAAAUUUGUUUCGUGUCAAAAGAUUUUAAAUUUUGAUUUUGGAUGAUUUGUUCUGUGUUGCAUCGGUUUACUAUUAACGUACCUAGUGUUUGUUAAUAGUUUGGUGUUGGUGUCCCUUCGAACUCGAUGACCAUUAUGGUAGAGUAAAGUCCUUUAUGGACUCGGCAAGCUUGGUGUGUUGGCCCCUUUGUGAUCCGAGAAUACAUGGGGUAUUCUCUUAUAUUACUUGUAUAAUCUUUGCGAUAAUACUUGUAAUAAUUCGGCGAUGAUGAGUCCGCGGUUCCGUGAAUUGUCUCAGUGCACUACCUUAGGCCAAAGGUGGAGAUUGUUAAUAUAUUAUUGGCCCAAAUAGCCUUUGUAUAUUAAUAAUAGUUGACAACCUAUUCAGCAACCCACUACUCUUACUCCAGUUACCGAACUUGUUUUGUACCAAGUCUAUUUCUCCCGUUUGAAUUUGAACUCAAAUAAGUGAGAUCAAAUAAGUGAGGUGUGUGAUUGUGUUGUCCCUUGCACCGUCCAAUCACUUGAGCUAAUAAGCCAAAUCUUCUUUAUUAUGAGACUUCCCUGCAUCCUACUUCAUGUGCUAUUGUUCUCUACCGACAGUUGCUCCUUCCUUGCUCUAGCUGUAUAUAUCCACCACCUCUUGAAGCUUUUUGAGAUAGACUGUGAGAACUCCUUCUUUGUGAAGCUGAGUGAGAGGAGUGUUGAGAAGGUAGAAUAGGUUGUUGCUCCCUUAGCCUUGGUGUGCACAAGGAGACUACCGGAAACCGAUCUCCGGCGACCUGAGCCGAAUCCGGCAAGACAGAAACGGAUCCACAACACUCCCCUUCACGGGGGAGGCCACCUCACAGUUUCAGGUAGGGAGUAGAGCUUGCUACUACCGCUCGUUGCUUCGGGGAAUUCAAGGAGGAAGGCGGGGUUCGUACUUCUCCUGUUUCUGUUUUGAAAACAAUUUAAAUAAUGCUCAUGGAUAUUAUUUUGAAUAUUUAUUUGGGGGCUUGUAUGCCCGUGGUUGCCACGUGUGGCUUGAAUAUUUGUAAUUAUGUUUCCGCUGCUUAAUUAAAU